AACAACAAAAUUUAGUCUAUUAUUUCAGAAAUAUGCUUCAGUUUUCUCAAGAAAUUGAAAAAGCUUUGCCAAUAAUUUGCCAACUCCUUCAUUCUACAUAUACUUCCAGUGAUAUAUUGGAAUCUAUUAGAUUUUUUGUAACUGCUUAUCAGUUUGGCGUUAAAGAUGCUGUUUUUGGAAUUAAAAGUAUGCUAUCUCAUAUAUGGUCAAAGGAAGAUGUAAUAAAAGAUGCUGUAGUAUCAGCAUAUAAAGAAUUGUAUUUGGCUAACACAAGUUCUAACAGAAAAGAGUGUGUCUUGAGCAUUGUGAAGAAUAUUAUAUUGCUCGUACAAGGAUCAACAUUUGCAGAAGAAAUAUGUCUUGAAAAAUUGAUAGGAGAAUUUAUGAAAUCUGAAGAUUUUAAUAAUAAUAUAAUUGAAAUGUUAUGGGAUAUUUAUUCAAUGAAAAUACCAAAUUCCACAUUAGAAGAAAGUCAUUCUGCAUUAAAGUUAUUAAGAAUGGCAGCAACAUUUCAAACUGAUAUCAUUGAGAAAAAUAUUGAACUUCUGUUGUCAAUAGCAUUUAAUGCAGAAAAUAUGCCAGAUUUUGUUUUUAUUUGUGAUGUUUGCAAAAUGUUGUUGCAGUUAGCUAAUUCAAACAAGGAUAAUUCAAAUAAGAGUUACCAUUUUCCAAAUGAUGAUGUUAUGUUCAAAAAACUAACUGAUGUUCUUGUUAAAGGUGUAAUUAAAUUAAACGAUCACUUUUGGAUUCCUAUGGCUGAACAAGCAAUAAAUGUAAUUUAUGAAUUAGCACAUAGGCCAGAUAAAUUAUGUGCAAAAAUUAUGGAAGAAUUUUCUUAUCUUAUUAGUGAUUCUCAAUCACCUUUUUCAGAAGAUACUUCAAGAUUUCCACUUAGAAUUUUGCAACGAAUUGUCAGCUUUUCUGGUCAUGUUGCACUUCAACAUCUUCUCUACAUUGAAACGUAUGUAAUACCAGAAUUAAAGAAACAAAUCCAACAGAAUAAUACUCAAAAAGGAAAAAGAAAAUCGGAUAUUUCAAAUAUUAGUUUAAGAAAAAGAUCAUCAAUAUAUAAAGAUGAUAAUAUGAAUAGUUCAAUUCCGGAUGAAGAUGUGGGAAUGAUAGAAUUGGUUGAUGAAACAGAAAUAGAAUAUUUUAGAAAAACAUUUGAAGCAAAUAUUUUUAGUGAGGAAAAUUUGUUUGGAAUAAUAUACCCUUUAGUAAUUGAAAUAUGCAAAACUCCAAAUAAGUAUUUAGAUAAUCAUCUUCAAGCAACUUGUGCAAUAACUCUUGGAAAAUUUAUGAUGAUAAGUCCUUCAUUCUGUGAUUCUAAUUUGCAAUUACUGGUAACUUUAAUGGAAAAAUCAACAAACCCAGUUGUUCGUGGAAAUACAGUUAUUGCUUUUGGAGAUCUUGCUGUUCGUUUUCCUAAUAUAAUAGAACCUUGGACAACUCAUAUUUAUAAUAGAUUGCAUGAUUCAUCCACAGAUGUCAAAAAGAAAGCGCUUAUUAUAUUAAGUCAUUUAAUAUUGCAUGAUAUUAUUAAAGUAAAGCAACAAAUUAGUGAUGUUGCUUUGUGUCUAGUAGAUAAAGAAGAUUGCAUUGUACAAUUAACAAAAGUAUUUUUUCAAGAAUUAUCCAAAAAAGGAAAUGCAAUUUAUAAUAUACUUUCUGAUAUUAUCAGUCACUUAUCUGAUCCAGAAGUUGGAACCACACAAGAAUUUUUUCAAGAAGUUAUGAAUCCUUCAUUCUGUGAUUCUAAUUUGCAAUUACUGGUAACUUUAAUGGAAAAAUCAACAAACCCAGUUGUUCGUGGAAAUACAGUUAUUGCUUUUGGAGAUCUUGCUGUUCGUUUUCCUAAUAUAAUAGAACCUUGGACAACUCAUAUUUAUAAUAGAUUGCAUGAUUCAUCCACAGAUGUCAAAAAGAAAGCGCUUAUUAUAUUAAGUCAUUUAAUAUUGCAUGAUAUUAUUAAAGUAAAGCAACAAAUUAGUGAUGUUGCUUUGUGUCUAGUAGAUAAAGAAGAUUGCAUUGUACAAUUAACAAAAGUAUUUUUUCAAGAAUUAUCCAAAAAAGGAAAUGCAAUUUAUAAUAUACUUUCUGAUAUUAUCAGUCACUUAUCUGAUCCAGAAGUUGGAACCACACAAGAAUUUUUUCAAGAAGUUAUGAAAUAUCUUUUUCAAUUCAUUGAAAAGGAAAAACAUGUAGAGGCUCUUGUUGAAAAGUUAUGCUAUAGAUUUAGAGCUACAAGAAAUGAAGUACAAUGGAGAAACUUGGCAUUUUGUUUAAGUCUCCUAACAUAUAAUGAACGGAGUUUAUUAAAACUUCAAGAAAAUCUUGGUUGUUUGGGUGAAAAACUUGCCGAUGACAUUGUUUAUGAACAUAUGACAUCAAUUUAUAAUGGAGCAAGAAAGAUACCUAAUUUAAAAGGAAAAGCAAAAACUAUAAUUGAAGAAUUAGAACAACAAAUUGAGAUUAUGCAUAAGAAUGAUGGACAAGAAGCAGCUAUGUACAAUGAAGAAUCUGUUGCUAAAUCUCUUAGUUUUAAGACUCCAGCAAAGACGCCUGGUUCAAGAAUUCAAAACAAGACCAAGACAUAUGGCAAAAGUACCAGAAAAAGUUCAAGAAAGAAAGUUCAUAAACCAAUUCUUUCAUUUAGCAGUGAUGAAAGUGAUUAAAACAAGAACUCUGAAUUGAUUUAAAUAAAAAUUCACAUUUAAA